AUGCUAUCCGUCCGCAUGCCUCCUCGCCUCCUGCGCCGCUGCCACCACUGCCGCUCCGCUGCUGCCCUCUCACCAGUGGUGAGUGCAGCAGCAGUGGUAGGGAGCAGCCCUCUUCCCUCCUCACCACAUGCCCCCUCUGUGCGAGGCGAGGGAACUGUCCUCCGCCCUGAAGCGCACACAGCCUUGUGUCUAUCGAGGGAGCUUGCAACGGGAGGGCCUCCGCACCGUGCCGCCAUCGCUGAUCCGCGCUUCAACCCCGACCCUCCGCGCUCAGCCCCGCGCCAGCGCACGUUCCCCCCGCCCCUUCGCGUUCCCCGCAACCACCUUCCGUCUGCAGACUCGCCGCCUCCCGCCCGCUCGCGAAAAACCCGUGCUGAUGGCUAG